GUCAGGAUAAUGGCAGGUGGCUCCAAAUUUUUUUGGGUUUCUCUCUUGCUCUUUUUAUCCGCUGUCGUUGACAAAUCAAUUGGCAAAAUCACGCCCAGGUUUCCUUCUUCUGUUAUUCAACCCGAGAGAUUCUCUCUUGCUGCGGAAAAUAGAGAUGAGCUAUACGAAGCCAAAUACUUUACCCAAACUCUGGAUCACUUCAAUUUCAAUCCCCAGAGCUACCAAACCUUCCAACAGAGAUACUUGAUCAGCCACAAGCACUGGGGUGGCGCCGCCAAUAACUCCCCCAUCUUCGUCUACAUGGGAAAUGAAGGAGAUAUAGAGUGGUUUGCGCAGAACACUGGCUUUAUGUUCGAAACCGCCCCCCAUUUCAGAGCUCUUGUCGUAUUCAUUGAGCAUAGAUACUACGGAAAAUCAACUCCGUUUGGGGGCAAUAAGGAUGUAGAAUACAGAAAUGCAAGCAGGCUUGGGUAUCUGAGCUCGACGCAGGCAUUGGCGGACUAUGCCACUCUCAUCCUUGAUCUCAAGAAUAAUUUAACAGCAACUGACUCUCCUGUGUUCGUCUUUGGAGGAUCCUAUGGAGGAAUGCUGGCAGCGUGGUUUAGGCUGAAGUAUCCACACGUGACCAUGGGAGCUCUGGCUUCUUCUGCCCCAAUCCUCUAUUUUGACAAUAUAACGUCUCCCAAUUCCUUCAACACCAUCAUCACCAACGACUUUAGGAGUGAGAGUGAGAAUUGUUACAAAGUGAUAAAAGGAUCGUGGGAGCAGAUUGAAAAUGCGGUACAGCAAGCAGGGGGACUUGACUUAUUGCAAAAAUCCUUUAGAUUAUGCAGUGCAAGUGAUAUACGGGAUUGGCUUGCCGCAGCAUAUACUUACGCUGCUAUGACAGAUUAUCCUACUCCAUCCAAUUUCUUUAAUCCUUUGCCAGCUUAUCCAAUAAAACAGAUGUGCAAAGCAAUAGACGACUCAACGACUGGAAAUGACACAUUUGCCAAGGUGUACGAUGCGGCUAACAUAUACUAUAACUACUCUGGAACUGCCACGUGUUAUGAUGUGAAUUAUCAGUAUGAUCCCCGUGGCCUCACUGGAUGGCAGUAUCAUGGGCACAGUGGAUGGCGGUAUCAGGCAUGCACAGAGAUGGUAAUGCAGACGGAUGGGAGUGACGAGAAGAGUAUGUUUCCUGCUUAUCAAUCAGACUACAGUGAGCAUGUAGAGUACUGUCGACUUUACUACGGAAUCUAUCCCCGACCUCAUUGGAUUACUACUGAAUUUGGUGGCCAUAAUAUUGAGAGGGUCUUGAAAAGGUUUGGAAGCAACAUUAUUUUCUUUAACGGCUUAAGAGAUCCUUGGAGUGGUGCAGGGGUGCUAAAGAACAUAUCCAAGAGCAUAAUUGCCAUAGUUGCAAAAGAAGGGGCGCACCACGUGGACCUGAGAUUCUCAACUAAAGAAGAUCCUAAGUGGCUCCAGGAUGUGAGGAAACAAGAGAUCAGCCUCAUUGCCAAGUGGCUCUCUAAAUACUAUGAUGACUUGGGCUGCUGACUGCCUUGACCCCACUCCUCGAUGCUCCCUUCUGGCUUUUGUUCAUCGCCUAUUCAGCUGUACAAAAUGUUGACCAUCACAAAUAAAAGAUUGUAAAGAAAGAGGAGAGGAGUUUGUGGGCCCAUCUGUCCUAUUCUCUUCUUCUUUUCCAUGAUGAUCACCUGCCUGUAAUAAUAUGGUUCUUCAAACUUAGCAAUUUGAAA